UUGUUCCUUUAGUGGUUUUAAGCAAUUAUCCCGUGUAUUCGGAUGUGUUGAAGAGGUCUCUAAGUAAAAACCGGCAUAAUCAGCUUGCAAGAGCAAAUUAGCGGGGGAGAAAACUAUAUAUAAAUAUAAACACGUAUAUAUAGCUACGUAUGACAGUAUACGUGUUGAUGUUGAACAGCAACUUCAAUAUAAAUUUUAAUAAAUCAAGAUACGAAUCAUAUUAACUAGAAUAAAUGGAGAAAAUAUUCCUUUUUCGAUUUGGAUGUCAAUUUUGAAAACUGUCGACGGAACAGGUGCGGUUUGCUUGUAGCAAUUUCACAUUUUCGUUUGAAGUAUAUUCCUAGCAACUGAUCUUAAGACGUUUGCGGAAGAAAAGCGUUGCUCCCACUGGCAGAGUUCGAGCCUGAAGUAUUCCUAAAUUUGGAGUCAUUUUUUGAAAAAGUUUCUGUAGACAACCGUUGGAUCUCAGCUUCAUCGUCAACGUAUGAGAAGAAAAUAGAAAGCAAGCGGAUAUUGAAGAAGGAAAAUCGUCGAAAGCAUGCUUUCACAAAUAAUCAAAGGAAGUAUUUAAAAUAAAGAUUUUUGGCGUUAUAAAACAAAUUAUUCCAAUUUAUUCAGUGUUUAAAGAUGAGGAUAACAGUGGGAUAUUGAAUGUCUCGGAAAUACUGAGUGAUUAAAAUUUCACUCUGAGAAUAGAGGAAUCGGUAAAGGAAAGACGGUUUCGUGCGUUUCAUUAUAAAGAUUGCGAUCAAAGUGAAAUAAAUAUAUCUGUAAAAAAUACUUGAUCUAAAUAUUUCCGAAGUCUGAAAGAAUAUAAGAGAACGAUGUUCAAGUAGCGUAGAAUUGUGACGAUGGACACCGGAAUCAAUACUAUAUCGACAAGUACUUGACAUAAUACUAUAGUUCACACCGCUGCAAGAACAGAUAAUAGCUGGUAGAACUGAACUCUUGAAAUUGUGUAAACGUGUUCAGUGGAAGGAAAGGAGGGAAAAUUGCGAAGGAAACUCUUAACUUUAGGAUUCAGUCAUUCCCAUAAAAAAAAAUUAGAUUAUAAUUGGCAGAUGGCAUUGUGAAAGAGCACAGCGCAUAUAUAUCUGACUGGUUAUAUUGUUGCUGUCAAAUAACGUCUCAAAUAGUGAAGAAAAUUAGUAAAGUUGCCGCAAGAACACCGGCCGAAUAAUUACUGGAAGACUCACUGGAUUCCUGUAGAGCAGAGAAGAAUGUGAUAAGAAAAGAUAUUUUACAAUUCACCAGAGGAAAUCUUAGACUGUUAUUGAUUGUUGCAUUUUCAAUAGAAAAUUGUUUCAACUAAACAGAGAUAAUGAAGGCGUGCUUCAUCAUAUUUACAAGAUGAUAAAACAGCGAUUAAAGAAUUCGUUUGUGUGAAAUACAUGAAGAAAAUUUUGAUGUCUGUCAUAUGAAUUGAUCAUCAUUACCAUCAAUAUAGCGCUCGGAGACACUGUUACAAUGGAGAAUAUCACUUUUGCAUUUCAAAAUGGCGAAGUCGUUCUGGCUGAAUGGAGAGAUAAAUUGUACUAUGCAAAAAUUCUACACAUCAACCACGCGAAACACGUUUGCACGUUGCUUUUUGAUGACGAUUCUAUCGAGUAUUGCGCUUUUACUAAGAUCCACAGUGUUACAGAAACAACAGCAGAAAUAGUUUGCAUCAUGUGUAAGGAUGGUUCCAGUUGCAGUCCAAAUGAAAUAGUGCUUUGCGACAAAUGUGGAUUGGGUUACCAUCAGAAGUGCCACGAGCCUGCAAUCAAGGAUACAGCGUUAGAGCCUGACGCUCCUUGGAUGUGUGUUUACUGCAGUAACGAUAACGAAUGUCCAUAUUUACUGAAUCCAUUUGAAACAAAAAUGCAGAAAGAUAUACGUAAGAUGUCCGUAAGAAAGCGUAGUGCUGGAGCAAAGGAUCGUGAUCUUGCAACUUACAACUUCAGUAAAUCAUCAAAACUGAUGGCAAACUUUCAUCGCGAUACCCACCAGCUUAUGAUUGAUGUGUCACAUGGCAGUCACGUGCCUAAAGAAACCCAUCAAGUGAUGAACAAGCGUGAUAGACUGGGAAAAAAUGAGAAAUAUUCGGACGAAGAGACUAAGCACGAGUAUUCAAACUUCAGAAAAAAGCGCAUUCCUUCAGUCAACGAGAAACACAAGACCUUAAAGGAUGUAUGGGAUAACAGUGGAUGCAUAUCAAAUGACGCAACAGGUUAUGACGUCGAUGGUGUCGACAGGGUAAAACGAUCACGUGAGAAGCACCGUCUGACGCAGGAGUUGCAAAACAAAGAAAAAAACUGAGAGAGGACACGGCACGAGGAAAGAAAUUACAGAACGAACACAAAUUACUGUCACAUGACCAUUCAGAUGAUAUCUUACGUCGCAACAUCCCCCCUAAACACGAGCACUACAAUGGAAGACAAAAUUAUGGCAAAAUGGAAAAGUUAGACAAGUCGUCGGAGAAAAAUACCCAUACGUCAGCGAAACAAAAAUUAGAUCCAUGCGAGUGCAACGACACGCGGUCAGCGGAAAUAAUGAAUGGGAAAAUCUACAAAAUGCCUGAUAUACAAUGUGACCAUUCAAAUGCCAGAAAGAACAAGGCGAACGAUUAUGCAGGUAACAAGAUUGAUCUAGUGAGACUCGAGGAGAGACUACACGAAAAUUGCAGUAGAAAUCGCACCGAAGACGAUUCUUACCACGAGCCAAAAACAGUGAUGAUAAAGACGAAAUGUUAGAUGGCAACAAUGAUGUAAAUGUAGCGAAAGAACGCAAAUUUGCUGAUGGUAAGGAAGUCGUGAAAAACAAGCGUGGUUCACGAUUAAGUAAAGCAAGAGAGAAACACGAAGAGACUGAUGGCUACACUCAGAACAAAAUUGACGGCGAUGUAUGUGUGGACGCUACAAAGAAAGAAAAUUCCUUGAAUGAUGAAAAAUUACCCCCCACAAAGUUAAACGACAUGGAAUACUGGAGUGAUAGCACCGAGGAUAGAGUACGAAGCGAUCUUCCCCGACAUAACUGGUUGCUUGAAAGAUGGAUGCAGCCUCGAUCACGUGAUCAAGUCCCGGAAGAAAAGAAUUCCCACGAGGGAAGUAGUAGUCCUGUAUACGAACAAUCAUUCCAAGAUGAAGUAUUGGACGAAGGUGACAAUGUACGUGAUGAUCGUAAAGUUGAUAAGAAUGACGAAGAGAUGCACGGAAAAUUAUUGUCAAAGAAAUACGAAAAUAGACAGAUAAGCAGCUCCUUGGACGACUCAACUUUGACAAACAAAUCUCGAGGUAUAUACGAUGAACCAAGCGACAACAUUCCUAUUGACGUGAUUGUCACAAAUAAAAUAUCAAACGAUGAAAAGCAUUCAAAUUGUACAACGUUAACAAGUGAAAAUACAGUUUCAUCAAAAUCCUUCCAAACAACAUUUAGUGUUGAGGAACAAUCAAAGAUCACAAGGGAAACAUCAAGUGACGAGUCACGUAUUGCAAUCUCCUCAUAUGUACAAAACAAAGAAGCUUCGCCAUUACAUGAUCAAUUGCCUUCUCUAAAUCAAGUAAAUUGUUUACCCAUUGUAGAAAGUAGAGUACCGUCGUCAACACCUGAUAAAAUACCACCAUCAAUGACAGAUAGAAUACCAUCAUUGUCCCCAGAUAAAGUACCAUCGUCAAAGACAGACAGAGUAUCACCAACAAUGACAAAUAAUUCACCAUUAUCAAUGACAGAUGGUGUACAUCCAUCAGUAACAGGUCGAGUACAACCAUCGGUAGAAUGUGGAGCAAGAUUAUCACCAUCGACAACCACGUCGCUACCCACAACGAACAACAUAAUAUCGAAACGCGUAAUGAUUCACUCAGAGAACGAAAGCAAAGACAGAUCUACGACAAUCAAAACGAUGGCAGAACGAACUUCUAUUGGUACGAUGAGGUAUAUAAAGGAUACCUAUGGGGAACAUGUAACAACUACUGAAUAUUUAAAGGAUAACUGUGGACAAUAUGUAACCACUAGUGAAUAUGAAAACUACGCAAGACAAGAUUUGAAAAAACGAGAUCAAAUAAUCGUGAUGAGAUCAGAAAAAACGAAAAUAUACCAGACGAAAAGUCAAUAGUGUCGAAGAUACAAACAGGCAAAUCUGUCAAUCCUGUCAGUCCUAUUAUAAGAGCAGAUAAAUACGUAAUCGAUGACCAAUGUAAACCUCAUGCAUUACACAUGAAACCGUUACGUUAUCAUGAUGAGCUAUCAUCUAGAAAAUCAUUUGUGGAUGAAGCAUAUCCUGCAGGCUUUCAUCCAAAAACAUUCACCCCACAUCUAUUGACUCACAACUCAGUGGAUAAAAAUCAUCGAGGACAUGGUAUCUUUGUAGACGGAUUACCCAGUCGGGUUGAAAUAUCUCAUUCAAAAACGGAUGCUGAUUGUCCAUUCCACGGAAAAACUCCAGAGAAACCAUAUACACGUUUUCCCACCUAUCCAAUUACACACGCAGAUGUACCAAUGUAUCCCAAUCAUCCCUUUUAUCAACGACGACGUUACAAAGAUUGGGAUAAACUAUCUGAACAUAUGGAAUUACUUUCAGAUCCAGUAGUGAUGCAAAGAGGGCGAUUACCGAAUGUCUACAACCGCCAUCACCUACCUUUACCUCAUAAAAUGUCGAUACAUCAGCCUAGACAUUUGCCAACAGGCUUUAUAGAAGAACGCAGUUUUCCAGUAGAAUCUUACAGAUAUCAAAUGGAAGCAACGCGUGCAUAUGCUAGGCUACCGCAUUCACAUGUACAUGGUGCAUGUUCCAUGAACAGGUCGGCAAAUUCAGGCUUAUUGCCCGAAGCAAAUCGACAUCGUGCAAUGAAGUUGUCGGAAGACAUGGCUGAGAAACCUAAAGAAUACGAGACAAUACAGGAAAAUUCUCGCUUUAAACAUCUUGAACACUCUCCUCACAUAAGCAAAAAAUAUCAUAGUAGUGAUUCACAAUUGCUAUGUAUCGAUCACGUGUCACGCGUUACGUCACCAGGAAGAAAAUCCCCAACUUUCAACCAUAAGAACAAACCACGGACAGGAUACAUUCAACUUGACAGCGCAGGGCCUCCUCGGCCCAAUGUACAACGUGCUACGCUUGAUCACGACUCAAUUAAUCGUGAUUUCAAUGAGAGAUUCAGUAUGUUAGACAAAAACUUCAAGGAGAAACUGGAAGGUCCUGAUCGCUUGAUUAACGAAGACAUGGCUGCAUACAGGAGGUAUGGAGGAGUUAAAGUCGAAGAGGUGACGAAGAAUUUGAGGGAGAAAACGAAGGAUCUCGACCAAUGUAAACAAUCUGAAAGCUAAGCUAUCCCUUACCGGAGGGAAAGGGAAAACAAUCAGAAUGCUAUUCGCCAGGGGGAGUGGUAACUAGAGCCCAUAUCUCAAAAACUGGCGCUUUACCUUACUAUUUUACUUCUAACAUAGAACCCAAUCGCCCAUACGGUUUUUCUCAAGCAAUUGGUCACAACAGCGACAUUGGAGUGUGGCAAAGAAUGACAGGAUAUUCGCGGACACCGGGGUAUCCCAUAGAUCGCCAUGGGAUCAAAGAUGCUCAGGAUGAAAAAUUUCGUAAAGCUUGUACUCCUGAAGUUGAAAGUGAUCACAAGGAAAAGAUUAAUCUUGCCAUUGAGGGACAAAGGAGAAAUAUGACGUAUUUGGAGAACGAGCGACGCAGAAUGAUGAUGGCAGCAAACACGCACGAGAGAAAAAUUGAGAGUGAAAAACGACAUUCGAUGACGAAUGAAGAAAUGCGUCAUGACUUGAAACAAGACAAUAGAAAACGUAAACUUUCAGGAAAUGAAAAUAGUUACUUCCCUAAAGUUCAAAGGGAAUAUGAAAUGAACAAAGGAAGUACGUAUCAUAUGAAUAACUAUCAUUUAAAAGAUGCGACAUCAUUUCAUCGUUCGGAGCCCCUCAAGUAUUCAUGGCAACGUGACUCAUUGGGAACGUAUAUGAACAGAUGGCAAAGUUCGGGAAGACUGGGCUACAAUAUUGGUAAUCAAACUGAAAUCCCCGAAGUUCUAAGAAAACGACAUGGGUACAAUGAACGUGAAGAAGAGAAACGUCAAAUUGCUGUUCAUCAACAAAAUAAUGAUUUGGAGUCUGGGGAACCAACCAAAAAGAAAACAAAAAAACAUUUCAUGUGUGAUGUGUGCAAAAAGGAAGCCUCGUUCCUAUGCUCAGGAUGUCAGAAGGCUUGGUAUUGCAGCGCUAAAUGUCAGCACACAGCGUGGGGUGAACAUAGAGGAGAAUGCACCGAUUCAAGACGAAGAUAACGAUUGCAAUCAUUAAAUUAUUGAUGUGUAAAUAAAAUUUCGUAGUAUUUAAAUCCAGACAAUUGGGAAAUGAUCUUCAGAUUUAUCAGAAAGAUAUCAAAUUAUUAUUUAAUGUAAAGUUUGACUUUAAGCAUUUGUUUUAACUUAUUCACAUCGCAAUCCAAUACUUCUGCACGAACGAUUGUACAUAAUUCAAAUCGAUUAUUUUUUAGCAGAGACGUAUUUAUAAGUCUUAAAAGCAUUUAGUCACAAAACAUAGUUUAAAUCAUUCUCAGAGAACGCUUUUAAAAAUAAGAAAUAUACGAUAAGCGCACGCAUAUGAAACAUGCAAAAUAACACUUUCGAAAUUAACAGAAACAUAUUAAUGAUGUUGUAAAUUAUCGAUUUACAAUAACUACUUUAUAAUUUCAAUGUUUCUAAACAAACAUUAAAAAUUGAUUAUUUAUAAGUUUCAGUAA